ACCUUUUGGUAUUGUGUAAAACAAGCACAAUUCUUUUGCCGAUUUGAAGAGUGAGUUAAAGUCGUCCGUUUUCUGUAUUGAACCCUCGUAAUAAGAAAGCUAUUCAUGUAGAAAAGUAAAUUUACUGAAAAUUUGUAGGAAAGUGAACUGAUUUUGGCUCUGUGGCUGAACCAUUGCGAUCUCUUCUGUUUCCACCUUCAAAUGGGUGGGCAGUGAAUGUUGGUGAGGAAGAGACGAGUUUCAAACGUUAGUCUGGUUAAUGCGUAGUUAAAUAAUCAGUUGGAUAGUUGUAACUCAGCUUUAGUUUGUAAAUAACUAUGCGAGGUACUAGAUAGCCAACGCCGAAUUAGCAGUGCUAGAACGAUGGUAGCAUAGUUAGCUCGCUAAAUUGCUUAGCAUUCUGUUAAGAUAUUUGUGUCUUCCUCGUUUCGAGAACGCUGGAAAUGUUUAUAUGGCACACAGAAAUGAAGUGUUUAAAUCAAAAGUUCUCCAGAAGCUCUAUCCUGCAAUUACCAGUCAGGGAAAGGAACAAAACUUAUCAGCCAUUUCAGAAGAUCAGGCCACAACUCAUGUGAAAAGAACAUGCGGAGAAGAAAAUGCAUUUGGAAAGACAGAGAAACCACAAAAUGCAUCCAGUCAAUGCCGUCGGAUGUACACAGUCUUACCUCCUCCUCAAGGCUAUAAUGUACAUGCAGAGAAAUCUGUCGCACUCUUCCAGCUUGAAAGCGUAAACCAUGAAGAAGAUCCUGCUGAGGAAAGUGUGCAUAGGAGCAAUGAAGAGGAAGAUGAAGAAAAGCAGGCGGGAGACCAAAAAAGGAGAAGAAGAAAAAAGAAGAAGCCAGGCCCUUCUCAGGACUCUGGGAAAGAUGGCCCUCCGGUGAGCGGCGGGUCAAGCCAGAGUCAGCUGGCAGUGGACAAAGGAAGCGAGCACAUUAGCAGGAACAAGAAGAGAAAGCUGAAGAAGAAGAGGCACAAAGAGAAGUUGCUGUCCUUAGGACUGAUGCCCCGUGCUGCUGCUCUGGAGUUCACUUACAGUAGAGAUGAAGAGGAGGAGGAAGAUGGCCAGAGGAAAGCUGCUGAGGUGUCAGAGUUCCUGAAGACAACACUGGAAAUCUAUUUGUCAGACUCCUCUCCUCAUGGAGUCAAGAUUCCUCAUCUUUCUGCUACACUGGAUGGCCUUCUAAGGUGUCUAGAAAGCGGAUCUAACCCGAACUCUCUUCUCAACAAGCUGUACAAUCUUAAAAAAUUAAUUCAACAGAAUCAAGCUGACAGUCUAGAAACGGCACUCGCGGAGCUCAAUGACGACACCAGCAUGUCUGAAGAGGAAGCCAACGCUGUUGUUUCCCUGUUCAAAUACUGGAUCACAGAGAUUCUUCCUAUGCAGAGAGACAAGGAGACAAGACUUCCAACCACACAGCAAUAAUACCGUCUGCAACUAAAAACCAGACAUUGUACAGAGGGCUUAUUUGUGGUUUUUGGGAAAUUGUUCGGUCUCCACUGAAAGUGAUUUUUCUUUUUGUUUAAUAAAUGAAAAAAGAUUUCAUUUAAGGAUUGCUGUGUUAAGGAUUUUUAUGUCCUUAUUUAUGCGAACAAGACACAUUUCUAAUUCUUUUUAAUUUCUGUAUGAGUUAUCUUGAAGUUGAAAAAAAACAUGAACAAUGUAACGGACUUAUUUUGACGUAGUUAUAAUUUGUAGCUCACAAAUCCUGUUAAAAAACAAAUAUCAACUGUGUAAAAUGCUUCUUUUGUUCCGCUUUUCCUAUUCAUAUUAAUUAGAUUUUUUAAAAAGAAACCCAUAAGAAUGGGUUCGCUACAGUUUUGCUUCUGUAACUUUGAGAACUCGCACCUUUUCAACACGAUUAAUCAGCAGGUGUCCUGCUAAGGUUCAGCAUGCUAUAACAGCAGACACGCUGUACCCACCGCACACAUAUGGCUUACACUAACAGAUGCUUGUCUUGAUGCCAAGGAACAUCAAUGCCUCAAAGGAAUAAUGAAGUCAGGGAACACCCAUUAACUACCAGGGGAUUCUUGACAUUUAAUUAAGUCUUUUAAAUGUUGGGUAAACUCCUUAACUUACCUGUCAUUCAAUUCUUAUGCUCUGGAGCAUCUAAAUAAAAUGAUUGCAUUAAGUAGUUUAUUUUAAAAAAAAGUUAAGCAAAGCCUGGCUCUAAGGAUUCAUUACACUUGGAACAUUAUUUUUCAAGAGUUACAUUUACACCAGACCAAUACAAGAUUCUUAAUCCACUGUUAGGGCUACGACAGUGACUGACAUCAAACAUCGCUAUGAGUGCUUUAUCAAAACGUGCUAAUGCCCCACAAGGCAUGGGGUUUGGCUGGAGUUGGUUCUGUAAGAGGCACCAGAGAUCCAAGGCUUGGGCAUCAUUUUGUCACUGUCCUUGGGCUAAGAUGCUCCUGAAUCUGAGACAAUCUCAGAAGUAUCUAAUGUAGUCAAAGAAGAAAAGGAACAGCAUAGAUAACUAUUAACUAUUAAUCUUUGCAAUCUAAGUGGAAGUCUGAAAGGGGUUGUUGAAUGGGUCAGUGCUGAUUUAGGGAGUCACUUUACAAGCCUCUGCGUUUUAUUAAGUACAAAGUUAUCAUAGCCAUCUACCAAGAAAAUCUAGUGUACCACACUGCCAAUAAAAAUACCAAGCUUAAUGACCAUGGUGUCACUGUGCUUGAUUAACCAGCAAAAUCAUCCGACCUAAAAGCUUGGGAGGGACGACACCAGACCACAAUGCAGACAACCAGAAGGCCUCGAUUAAAGUAACCUGGGCUUCCAUUGCAUCUGAACAGAGCUGCAGGUUGAUUGCCUCCAUAUUGUGCUCCACUGAUGCAGUAAUUUAUGCUAAAGGAGCCCAGACCAUGCACUGAGUGUGAAUUGAGCUUUUUAUGUCUGGUUAUGUGCUUCAAAUGGUAACACACCCUUGUUGGUAAACAGUUUAAACCUAUACCACAUGGGGAGUUAACGCGAUUUCCGUAGAAUGCCUGUCUGCAGCUAUUUUAAAGCGGUUUCCCACAGCUUACAGCCCAGCAACGAGUUCAGAGAAAGGCCAAAUAAUUAUCUCAGCUGGACGGUGACAGUUCGGUGGCCUUAGCCAAAGCCGCUUGCGACUUAUCACCUUCAGUGGAAGUGUUGUUCUGGAUACAGCACACACCAGUGGAGAGCAACAGGUUACGACUCAACACAGAUAUGUGUGGGCGAUGACUGGGUAUUUUAAGAGAAGGCAGCCAUCUGUGGCCUGUGUUUGUGGAUGAAUGGAGACCAGGUGCUGCACCUGAUGGAAGCUCAGAUUCUCAUUGUUAUGAUAUUAGCCAGAGGAGAAAAUAAGGGCAGACGUUGUGAGAUUAUGUGAGAUCAAACAGGGGUGAUCAUUUGCAGAUUAAUGGACCGGUUUUAGAUUAGCUUAAUGCCUCGAGGCCUUUCAGUGCUGGAUCAACUGCUUAAUUAUCUUCCCCACAACAGCGAGUUUAUUAGUGUCAGGUUUUGAUAAUACUUAUCACAUUUUUGUAUAGAAUAUGUAGAUUAUCUAUUGAGUAACCCGUUUUAUUUAAAAAGCUGUAAAUUUGCAUACUUUUUUGCUGAUUUUGUCAUAAAUAAGAAAUUCAGUUUGGUAAAAGUAUACAUCAAGUUAGUCUACUUUUGCAUUGUACAUUUUAUUAGAGCUGUAGUUUUAUAUUUUAAGUAGUAGUAAGUAGUUAUAGUUAUAAGUUGUUUGUGGUUGCAUAAAUCUAUUUUUAUCUCAAGUUUUUCCCCUUGUCUCAGGAAAUAACACUAAGUAUCAAGGAUUUCUCUGAGAAUAUUAAUUGCUGCCCUACAUUUCCAUAUUAGCAUUUUGGUUGCUAGCCACUGCUCAAUAAUUUAGAUUUUGUCAUCCAUGAAAGUACCUCUUAUACAUAAGAUCUUGGCCAAGUAAACCCAACAUGCCUUGGUCCUAUUUUUCUUUUUGUCUCCCAGUUUGCCCUAUUAACUUGUCUUAGAGUAGAUAUUUCAGUUUUCCAGGCAACAAAUCUGUUUUCUGAUCAUUAUAUUCAUAUUUGUGGCUUUUGGGGGAGAAAUAUCCUGGCUUACGCAUAGCUACAUAACAGCCUUUUGGAUCAGAUUGACCUUGUUUUGCACUUUAUAUGCAUCUGUUUUGUGCAAACAAACACAAAAAAAACAUUCUGGCAUCAAUAGACCUAUCAUUGUCAGACUUUGACACCGUUUAUGAAUUAUGAGCCAGAUUUAUUAUCAUUGAUGAGAGAGAGGGUCACUGUAGGAUUCUCACUCUGGAGACAAUUUCACUUGACCACAAUGAGGGAUAUUCAGCACAGCAAUACUUCCUCAUUAUUAGAUUUGGAACCGAGAACCCUGCGGUCAAGGCGGUCAAGAGAGAUAUUAAAUCUGAAAUAAAAACAGCUGAAAUAGCAAAAGAGGCCAUUAACUGAAUGAUAGCAAAUUCAGAUGACACAAUCUGGGUUUUUUAUUUUAUUUUAUUUCUUUAACUUUAGAUUAUUUUUGCAGUAUUUGGAGCAGAUGUUACACAUGAUGCUACUGUGCUGUUCUUAUACUUCAGUGAGCCAUUCAAAAAUGAAUAUAAUUUUAUCUUUUCAUCUAAAUAUUCCUAGGAUUUAUUUCUAAGAUUCUGCUUGAAUCUCCACCAUACUCUCAAGGUUUUUACAGCUUUUACAAUUGCCUUGUAUUUCACUCUCCCCAUCAAGUGUGACCAGCUGAAGAACGGCAUGAUGCUAUCUUUCAUGUGGUGAACUCAGGAUAGAUUGCCAUCACACAUUCAUAGUGUUUGUGGAGUGCAGAACUAAGAAGUCGUCCUUUCAACAGAUUAUUCCACAUAAGAUGUUGAUCUCUGCAGCUCCUCCAGGGUUACCACUGGCUGACAAUUUAGACAGGGAGGUAUAUUUUGACAGGCUUGUAUUUGUGCAAUCCUUUUGAUUUUUUGGAUGUUGUAUCGACUAUUUCUAUGUUCAAAGUUCUCUGACAAAUGUGGUGCUAUUUGUUCUCUAAUCAUUCAAACUCAUACUAAUAUUAAACACAAUUAACCAAC